CUAGUUGUCACCACCAACCCCAACAUUGUGUUGUCGUCAUUAUCUGCUUCACCGCCGUUCUGAUCGCUGUCCUCCUCGCACAUCGGUAGGUCGAUGGAGGGACGAAGUUUCACAUCCGAACUAUACGGCGAUCUGGGUGCAUCAAUGUACGUGGCCGGGGCUGGAGAUGUUCCGCGGCAUGAUCACACGUGCGGGGCAGGACAUUCGCCGAUGACGUGGCCUGUCAUGGCAGCCCAUGGUUUCGUGAGUCACCAUUCCGAGCAGGCGGAUAGAGACAGAGUGCAUAUCAUGACUUUCGCGGACAUGGGCAUACAGGCUUCGUCAUGCGCUGGGCGAGGAGGUUUCAUGCGUCGAGAAAGGUACAUGCAGGCUACACCGGGGACAACAAGCAACAACGAAAGGCCGAUCCAAUCCUACCAGUGGUGGGGAGGCACAUCAGUGGACAAUGUUGAUGUUUGGGGUGGUGCCGCAGAGUACGAACACGUAGCACCCGCGCAGCGAAUGAGUGUCAUACCUCCGGUGCACCCAACACCUGCUCAUCGGGCAAUCGCAAGGGGGCAGACAGCCGUGUCUGAUCAUGCUGUGUGGCCGCAACAUGUAGCAGUGGGGGUGUCUGGGGGCGUACGACACUUUGCGGUUCCAGUUGUCGCAUGUCUGACUGUGAUUGCUGCCCGACAAUCGCCGACACGUCAGCAAGGACCCCAAAGGUCAAUGGUGGGUGACAAGCAAGGGAUAGGAGUGGCUUUUGUGAUACGGGAAUUCGGGCCUUCGACGGGGAUGAGGGAAGGUAGACCGGUGGGAAGUGGCAAUGGCAUGAGGGACAUGGCCAGUGAGUGUUCAUCGGGCAUGGCGGGUGAAAGUUUGGAUGGUGUGGGUGGAGGGCUGGCGGUAGGAGUGGAGGGGGAGAAGUCCGGACCGACCGCUGAUUCGUCGACGAACCCGGGUGGAGGUCGACAUGGUAGGAACACCACAAGCUCUGCAUGUGGAAGCCGAAAGAAACGGAGAAAGUCUUCAACCCAGGCGAAGAAGAACAAUCUGUGGACUUUGGACGAGCGAAUAGCCCCUGUGAAGAUCAGCGUCGAGGAUGACGCCCUCAUGGCUGAUGCGAAGCGAAGCUCAACAACACAUGACAAGGACAAGGAGGUAUGAGUGGAUAGCGGCGCGCCUUGCGGACAAGGGGUAUUAGACGACAGGGGAGGAUUGUCAGAAGAAGUGGGAAGAGUUUCAGAAGAAGGUUAGGGAGAUUCGUGAUGCCUGCAGCGGCUCCGACAAACAGGGGUACUACGACAUCACCACGGA